UAUUAUCUUCUCAUUCUCUGUUUUGAUUUAUGCCGUCUGUUUUGGAUUUUUGUAGUUUCGUCUCUUUUCUCGCGUCUGUGUGCUUUGAGUUUCCGAUCUUUCUGAUUUUUUUUUUGUCUUUUUGGAUAUUCUUUUUUUUACGAGUUCUCUCGAAUCUUGACGCCGGCGUUCUUAAUUAUGGUUUUUUUUUCUCGGCGGUGGUGUCUCGUCGGCUGCGGAUUUUAAGCCGCUGGUGGCGGCGUAGAUUUUCAGAUGAAACAUUCUUAUCUCGGUGAAGCUUCAUAUAUUGUAUCGUCACCGUUUUUUUUCUCCAUUUGCUUUUUCAAGAAUCUGAUUCCGUUUCGUGAAAUCUCUUCUGAUUUUCUCUCUCUCAUUUUGUUCGUCAGUUAGUCGAAACGAACUUCCUCUCUCAGAACUCACAACCUGCAAAUCUCUCAAUUCCAUAAUCGCUCCGUACUUCACCGAACAGUUUCCAAUUCUCUCCAUCAAUGGCGGACAAUCCUCACAAAUCACCGUCGAGAAAACCGCUCUUUAAUUCCAUAAAUCCACAAAUAAACUCCUAGAUUUUCCUAAAAAUUUCACUUCUCGGGUCAGCGAAAGGACGCGUGUUGAAAAUACUUAGCGUUUUCUUCUCGCCUCUUUUCGAGCUCCAAAUCCAUUAUUUCUUCGAAAAUUGACGAAAACGCCCUUCAAAUCCCUCGCUAGAUUCCAAACCUUUCCAAAUCGUACAUCGAGUCGCUGUUUCGUCACGCACGCGAUUUCGCAAAUAUAAACUCUCUUCCAUCGCCGACGGUCAGUCUACCCAGGGACCAUUCACCAUAGUAAGGGCCUCGAAACUUCCCUACAUCCAUCGUCCUUUCUUUUUCCUCUCCUUUUGACUGUACUACCACUCGACGCGUAGAAGAUUCAUCACCAAACCGCGAGGCUAUUCUGGUCAUUCUUCACAUUCAGAGCCGGUCUGGUCGAACCGGCGGCCAGAUUCAACCGUCGACGAAGCUACGAAGUGAGGUCCCAAAUAGGAUCAGGUAAGAGAUGAAACGCUCCCAAGAGAAGAGAUAGGCGUGCGUUAGGUUUGAUGCAGACUUGUUGUUUGGGGAGGGAGUAAUUAUCAGGUGUGGCGAUGGUACACGGUUUGUUCCUGCUUCGCUUUCUAAAAUAUAUAUAUAUAUAUAUAUUAUAUAUAUAUAUAUAUUAAUGAUAAAAUGGAAUCUACCCUAUUGUUCAUGAUUGAUGGAUAGGAGUAGAAUAACAAAAAAAUAUACGAUUACGAAUUUGAAUUUGGAUCGUGAAAAUGGUUGGGGGAAAAUAUAUAAUUUAUGUAUAGAAUUGUUUUAUAAGUUGUUGAGGUGAGAAAAGGAAGAGGAUGAUCCACGUGACCAAGUCACGCGAGGUGGGAAAGCAAGACAUGAGAUGGUACGGGGUGUGGUCGCAAUCUUAAAGUGACCACGUGGAAUUCAUGAUGUGGCGUGAGAUUCUGGGUGCUGCUGGAAAUGAGUCGGCGGCUGGUAAUACUACAAAGAGGUUAAGACGAAAGAAGACAUUUGCUGAACUUAAGGAAGAGGAAAGCAUCCUUUUGAAGGAGAAAGUUCAUCUAAAAAUGGAACUGGCCACUUUAAGGGCAAACUUAGAAGAACAAAGAGCCAAGAAUGAGGGUCUGAAGAAAAUGAAGGUAGAUCUCAACUUGAAAUACCCAGAGAAAUUCAGUAAAAACUCCAAUAUGAUGAUGAUGAUGAUGAUGCCAGAAGAAUCUUCAUCCACUCUAACCCAUCAAAGAGAAAGCUCUUCCCCCACAUUGCCAUUCACAACAUCAGGCUCAGGUUCUUCCGACGCUCAAUCGCAGAAGAACUUGAAAUCAACCGAAGAAGAUUGUGUCUUUCUCUUACCCGAUUUAAAUAUGAUACCCUCAGAAGAUUAACUAAGAUCAAAAUACAUCGACUCUCUCUCUCUCUCUCUCUCUUCCUCUUGCUCUCGUUCUCUUUCUUGUUUUUCGUUCUUGCUAAUAUGUUGACAUGGGCAGGCACAGAUUGUAAAGCCAUGAGAGCUCCAAUGGCUUUACAAUUUGUAGAUGGCAAAAAAGUUUGCCGUCUUGUAGAAGAACAUUCAAUUCUGUCUGUUAUUAGCAUUUGUUAAUUCCUAUGUUUCUUACAAAUUUUUUUCUCUCCCCUUUUUGAAGGAUGUAACUCUUGUUGGGUUAAACAAAUUGUUGAAUCCCUCUAGAAGAAUGGUGUAGGGUUGAUUCAUUCGUUGUAGCGUUUAUUAUAUAGGUACAUAGUUACUGAAUUUGUUUGUCAUGACUUUGUUGUUAUAAAAAUUAUUUUUCUUUUUGGCCA